UGAACUUCUUGUCCUGGAAGCUGUGCAUCACCAUAAUGAGGCUUGUAAUUCUUGAUAACUAUGACUUGGCUAGUGAAUGGGCAGCCAAAUACAUCUGUAAUCGCAUCAUUCAAUUCAGACCUGGACAGGACAGAUAUUUUACACUGGGUUUGCCAACAGGGAGUACACCUUUAGGAUGUUAUAAAAAACUAAUAGAAUAUCACAAGAAUGGAGACCUUUCUUUUAAAUAUGUGAAGACCUUUAACAUGGAUGAAUAUGUAGGACUUCCCAGAAAUCAUCCUGAAAGCUACCAUUCUUAUAUGUGGAAUAACUUUUUUAAGCAUAUUGAUAUAGAUCCUAAUAAUGCUCAUAUCCUUGAUGGGAAUGCUACAGAUUUACAAGCAGAAUGCGAUGCAUUUGAAAAGAAAAUAAAAGAAGCUGGAGGAAUUGAUCUUUUUGUUGGAGGAAUUGGUCCAGAUGGUCAUAUUGCUUUCAAUGAGCCAGGAUCCAGUUUAGUAUCAAGGACAAGAGUAAAGACUCUAGCAAUGGACACCAUUUUGGCAAAUGCUAAAUAUUUUGAUGGAGAUUUAUCAAAAGUGCCAACUAUGGCUCUAACAGUUGGUGUGGGGACAGUGAUGGAUGCUAGAGAAGUAAUGAUCCUCAUAACAGGUGCACACAAGGCAUUUGCUCUCUACAAAGCAAUAGAAGAAGGAGUCAAUCACAUGUGGACUGUUUCAGCUUUCCAGCAACAUCCCCGAACUAUUUUUGUAUGUGAUGAAGAUGCUACUUUAGAAUUAAGAGUAAAAACUGUGAAAUACUUUAAAGGUUUAAUGCAUGUGCACAAUAAACUUGUGGAUCCACUAUACAGUAUGAAAGAAGCAAAUUGAAGGAAACUGGAUCAAAAUUCUGCUUGAACGAACAGAACACUUUUAUACUUAGAUGAAUUUUCAGCUAUGCAAUAUGAUAAAACUUGGGGAAUUUUUGAAUACUGUCAUUUUUGAAGUCUAAUAUCUAUGUUAAACAUUCCAUAUUUACAAUGUGUCCAUUUUAUACUAGGGUUUAGACGUAAUUGGCUCUCACAAUUGAUCAGCUAGUUGUUACAGAAGCCACAGUCACUCUAUAACAUAGCACAGAAAUGAAAUGUCUGCCUGUUUACAAAUUUUAAGUCAUUUUAAAGGUGACAAUUCUAUACAUAAAGUACCAAGUAUAUGACUCCAGUGGCAUUAUUAGAUUUUAAUUUUUUAAUCACAGGAAGACACUCCAAGCCUUUCAGGUAUCAAACUACUAUCAUUGCAAGCCUUUACUUCCGGAAUGCUAUCUUUAUAAUAUUCUCUCUGCACAAGCUUUCUGCACGUGGUUGCCUUAGUCAUCUUCCUGCAGUAGCAUCUGGACAUCACAAGUCCUGCUAUAUAUUGUUGGUACAGAAAAUUUGAAGAGACUGCAGUGCCUAAAAGUACAGUUUACGUCCUUUUGGAAAGUAUGUAUAAGUGCAUGUUUUUUGUGCACCACCUUCUGUAGCACUUUUUUAAACAGAUAUGCUCUUAUUUUUAGUUAACGACUUGGGUUCAUGCACUUAAUUUAAGUAUUUUAGCAAUUAGGAGCUUUAUACCUAGCAGCACACUUAAGGAAAUUAUUUUUUUUUGAAGAAAAUUUUCUGAUUAUAGUUAAACUUCAUAAAUGGUUAGCUUUAUUCCUUACAUAUAUAUAAUGUCUAAAAGGAUAUGAUGAAGUAUAAUAUAAAGUUACUGUAAACUAUUUUAGAUUGCCAUAACAACUUGCAUUAUUAACUUGCAAAUAAAAGUAUAUUGUUUUCUAUCUUUAACUCAAAUAAAGCUUAUAAUAAACAAAUGUAAGUUAUCUAAAUUU